AUGGCCAAGUGGCUGAACAAGUACUUCAGCCUGGGCAACAACAAGACCAAGAGCCCCCCGCAGCCGCCCCGGCCGGACUACCGGGACAAGCGCAACGGGACGGCGGCGGCGGCGGGCAGGGACCCCGGCCACGGCCACCCGCACCGCACGUCGCCCUGCUUCCCGCGCCACGACACCAGCGACCUGCUCCGCGCCUACCGCGCGCAGAAGGAGCGCGACUUCGAGGACCCCUACAGCGGGCCCGGCUCGUCGCUGCGCAAGCUGCGCGCCCUGUGCCGCGCCGAGUACGGCGCCCCCGACGACCUGCUGCUGGCCGAGCCGGCCGGACCCAAGCCCUUCUCCUCGGCCUCCUGCUGCGGAGGGAGCGGGACCCCCGCCGCCGCCGCCGCCGCCGUCUCCGCCGCCUCGGCUUCGCCCCAGCUCUUCCGCAGCCACAGCGAGCGGCGGGCCGCCACCCCGCCCGACGGCGCGGCCGUCAGGUACGUCUCCCCCAAGCACCGGCUGAUCAAGAUCGACAGCGGCGGCGAAGCCGGCAAGGGGAGCGGCGGCGGCGGCGGGGGGGUCCCCCCUGUCACCUGGAGCCCGGCCGGCGGCCAGAAGAAGCUCAACAAGUGCGCCGAGCAGCCGGAAGGCGGCGGCUCCGGCUCCAAGAAGGAGAAAGUCCUAAUAGCAGAUGAUUACUCUGAUCCAUUUGAUGCCAAGAGUGAGGGGAACAAGAUAGGCAAAGGAGAAAACACCGGCUAUAUGGAACCUUACGAAGCCCAGAGGAUCAUGACAGAAUUCCAGAGGCAAGAUAGCGUGAAGACCCAGCCGAAAGAUAUCCAGCUGUACGACACACCUUACGAACCUGAAGGCAACGGCGUGGAGUCGGAUUCCGAAAGUGUAGUGAGUCAGCGCCUGAGAGAGAGCAAGUUGCCACAAGACGACGACAGGCCUGCGGAUGAAUAUGACCAGCCGUGGGAGUGGAACAAGGUCACCAUUCCGGCUUUAGCAGCUCAGUUCAACGGGGGAGAAAUGAGGCAGUCCUCCCCUUCCCCAUCCAGCGAUCGGCGUCGACAGCUUCGAGCACCAGGAGGAGGCUUCAAGCCCAUCAAGCACGGUAGCCCUGAGUUCUGUGGGAUCCUCGGGGAGAGAGUGGACCCAACUAUCCCACUGGAAAAACAAAUAUGGUAUCAUGGGGCAAUCAGUCGGACAGAUGCGGAAAACCUUUUACGGUUAUGUAAAGAAUGUAGCUAUCUGGUGAGGAAUAGUCAAACCAGCAAGCACGACUAUUCGCUUUCAUUAAAGAGCAACCAGGGGUUUAUGCACAUGAAGCUGACGAAAACCAAAGAGAAAUACAUUUUAGGCCAGAACAGCCCUCCUUUCGACAGCGUGCCGGAAGUGAUACAUUACUACACCGCGAGAAAGCUCCCGAUUAAAGGAGCGGAACACUUGUCUCUCCUCUACCCUGUGGCUGUCCGGACCUUAUAAAUGCUCUGACCGUGCUCCUUCCUGUGGAUGGGAGACCGUGGAUGAGGGAUUUGGCGGCAGGACUCCGGCA